AAGUUCAACUCCAACAUGUUCUUUGUAGCUCUGCUGGUGCUGCUGGCUGCUGGAUCCUGGGUGAAGUGUGAACAGCUGACACAGCCAUCUACUGUGACUCUGCAGCCAGGUCAACAUCUGACCAUCAGCUGUCAGGUCUCUUAUGAUGUGAGCACCUGGACACACUGGAUCAGACAGGCUGCAGGGAAAGGACUGGAGUGGAUUGGUUAUAUGUGCUCUGGAUGCGACGGAAAUUACAAAGAUUCUUUAAGGAGCAAGUUCAGCAUUACAGUACAUCCACCCAAUAAAACAGUGACUCUGAAUGGACAGAAUAUGCAGCCUGAAGACUCUGCUGUGUAUUACUGUGCCAGACAAGAUAACAAUGCUUUUGACUACUGGGGAAAAGGAACUACGGUAACAGUAACAUCAGCCACUCAGAGUGCUCCCACUGUGUUUCCUCUGGCUCCAUGUGGUUCUGGUGGUAGUGACCUGGUCACCCUCGGCUGCCUUGCCACCGGUUUCAACCCCUCCACCAUCACCUUCUCGUGGGAACAAGGCAGUACUGCUUUGAACAACGUCAUCCAGUACCCUUCAAUCCAGAAAGGCAAUGAAUACAUGGGAAUCAGUCAGGUUCAAGUCAAAAGACAGGACUGGGAAGCAAGAAAAUCCUUCAAAUGCAUUGCAAAUCACGCUGCAGGACGACAACAUGCUUCAGUCACCAAAAAAACUUUACGGCUGAUCCCCCCAAAAAUGACCUUGUACCCUGUUUGGGAUGGAGAAGUCAAGAUUUCAGAUGUCAGACUUAUCUGUGCUUUGAGCGACUAUUUUCCCAAGGACAUAACUGUGCAGUGGUACAAGGAGGACCAGCUUCUAACAAGCAAUCAAAAUGUGAGAAAUUUUAUAAGUGCAAAUGAGGAGAAUACAACCUACAGUCGAACCACCGAGAUUACUCCAGACAAGGAAGAAUGGAUAAAAGGAUCAACGUUUAAGUGCAAGUCUACUCACAAAGCCAAAGAUUUGACAGAAACAAUAAACAUUUGUCAGAUCUAUGGAAAAUACACUCCUCCCAUUUACAUGGAGACCCCAAACUUCAUGAAAAUGAUGACAGAGUCUGAAGUGGAAGCAAAGUGUUCCAUUUCCACCGUGCUUAAUGCCAAACUGACCUGGGAAAUGGACAGGGUUCCAGUAGGGGAUCAAAGCCAAGUGCUUAGAAAUGAAACAUUUGUAAGCACUAUACUGAAGGUUCCAUUGGAGACAUGGGCAAAAACGAAAAAAAUUCAGUGUAAAGCUGAACAUCGUUGCUUCACAGCUAUGAAGACCAUAAGUAUUUCAGGGCCUUCAGUUGGACGUCCAAAGGUGGAGAUCAGAAGGUCCUUGUCAGAGCUGCUGAAGAGAGAAAGUGCCGUUUUCCAGUGUGACGUGUCACAGCUCUCCUCACAGGACCUCUAUGUCACAUUUCAAGUGAAUGGAACUGAUGCUUCGCAAAAAUAUUAUAUUGAUCUUCCUGAAGGAUCCGGCCCUCAUUCAGUCAGUAGACGUUUCUCUGUUCCUAGAGAGUCCUGGAAAAUUGACACAGAUGUCUCGUGCACAGUGAACCAAGGCUUCUCCAGCAGUCCCUUCAAGUCAAAUUUAAUGAGCAGAAUUUUUGUGAAACCAUCUGUGGAACUCCUGUUGGCCCCAAGUAGAGCAUCAGAUCCACAAACGCUCUUGUGUUCCGGAUGGGGCUUCGACCCAGAAAUUAAAUGGCUUAAUGGCGUCGAGGAAAUAUUCACAUCAAAUCAUGACAUCAGCAUGGAUGCGAAUGGACGUGUUGCCGCGACAAGUCAACUGCAGGUUGUUCAGACACAGUGGAAAUCAGGAGAGGUCUUCACAUGUGAAGUGUCUGACAAAUCUCUAAAUGAAGUGGUCAGAAAGGAAAUCAGUGUCUGCUCAGCUUGUUCAAGCCCAACUCCAAACAUUGAACUGAACAUUCCAAACUUUAAGACUGCGACGACAGCAACCGUGAAAGCUACAUGUUUGGUUCACACUGCUUUUGAUGUCAAAGUCACCUGGCUGAUAGAUGGGAGUAUUCAGGAAGAAUAUACAAAGACUCAAUUUCAAAACAUGACUCAUUUAGCCACUGAUGUGACAAUCCCUUCAGGAAAGUGGAGGCAACUGAAGACCAUAACGUGUAGAGCAGCACAUAGGUGUUUUUCACCCACUGAAAAGACAGUAAAUGUAGCAGGGCCUUCAGUUGGACGUCCAAAGGUGGAGAUCAGAAGGUCCUUGUCAGAGCUGCUGAAGAGAGAAAGUGCCGUUUUCCAGUGUGACGUGUCACAGCUCUCCCCACAGGACCUCUAUGUCACAUUUCAAGUGAAUGGAACUGAUGCUUCGCAAAAAUAUUAUAUUGAUCUUCCUGAAGGAUCCGGCCCUCAUUCAGUCAGUAGAAGUUUCUCUGUUCCUAGAGAGUCCUGGAAAAUCGACACAGAUGUCUCGUGCACAGUGAACCAAGGCUUCUCCAGCAGUCCCUUCAAGUCAAAUUUGAUGAGCAAAAUUUUUGUGGAACCCUCAAUGGAAGUUCAUCCUGCUCCCAGUGAAGGACUUGAGCAACAAACACUAGUGUGUUCCGGAUGGGGCUUUGACCCACAAAUCAAAUGGUUUAACAGGUCAAAGGAAAUAAACUCAUCAAAUUCAGACAUCAGUAUGAAUAACAAAGGUCAUGUUGUUGUGAUGAGUCAACUGCAUGUUGGUCAUGCAGAGUGGAAAAGAGGAAUGGUAUUUACAUGUGAGGUGUCUGACAGUUCUCUAAGGAAAAAUGUCAAAAAGAAUAUCAGUAUCUGUUCAGUUACGCCAACGUCUUCUCAUAUGGUUGGCGUCUAUAUUCAGAGACCUAAACUGGAGGAACUCCAAAAGAGGGGACAGGUGACUGUUACAUGUCUUUUUGUUGGGACUAGUCUUUCUGAUUUCUCCAUAAUCUGGAAAGUAGGUAAUCAGCGAGCUUCCCCAAGUAAUAUCAAUAUGGAAAAACCUGUGAGUCACAACAACGGAACGGAAACUCUACACAGCUCCCUCUAUGUGUCAGCAGAGGACUGGCAUUCAAAUAAGCAAGUGUCUUGUGUGGGAAAACAUCUGUGUUCCAACCAAAGUUAUGAAGACUAUAUCAGCAAAAGUACAGAUCUGUAUCAGCCAGUUCUGAGGAUAUUGGAACCAACUUUUGAUGAGCUGUAUACAUCUGACAGCGUCAUUCUUACUUGCUUAGUUUCAGCAUUUUUUCCAUCUGACGUCAUUGUUCAGUGGAGAGAAAAUGACCAACAACUCCCAGCAUCUCUCUAUAUUAACAGUCCUUCAUGGAAAGAACCGGGAAGACGCUAUUUUUCAAUGAGGAGCAGACUAAAUAUAACUAAGGCUGAGAACAAUAACUCAACUUACUCUUGUGUUGUCAGACAUGAAUCCUCUGAGUCUCCAUUUGAAACCAGCAUAAGUGACGUGUUUGCCACUGUGAGAUACACCAAACCCUCAGCCGUCUUGCUCCAGGGAGAGAACGAACUCAUGUGUCUGGUCUCGGGCUUCAACCCAAAAUCCAUCAAUAUCACUUGGUUCCGCAGUGAAACCACAGAGCUGUCGGACUACAACAUAACCGAGCCCUACGUAGGCCCAGAUAGGAAAUUCAGAAUUCUCAGUCGCCUUCGCCUUGCACUAAUUGACACCUUACCUGGCGUGAUUAUCACCUGUCGGGUGACACAUGAAGGCGCCACCAUCUCAGUAAACAUAUCCAAACCAGACACACUGGAGAACUGUAACUUCUUUGAUACUAUCAAGGACAUUGAUGUGAGUCAAGACGCAUUGAAGGAAACCUGGUCUAUGGCAUUAACCUUCCUCUGCUUUUUCCUCUUCACCAUCAUAUUUUCUCUUGUUGUCCUCAUCAUUAAGACAAAAUAAUGACAACCAGAAGACAGUUUUUCUUUUAUUGGAUGGAUACAUUUUUACAUUGUUUUCUGUUUGUUUGGUGUGCAUAGAGUGGCUCAUUAUUAUUUUUUUUGUUUUGUUUUGUUUUGCUUUUUUUAUUUUCUCUUGUGUUCUUUGUUCUAGUUUAUAGCAAAUAUUUUUGGAGGGUUAUUGUGUUUCUCUUAUGUAUUUGGUGUGAGAUGUAAAUGCUUUUGAAGAUAAAUAAAAUGAAUGAUACUACA